GGGUCAUAAAAUCGAAGGCAGCAAGAAUAAUAAGGAACGGAGGAUUGAUCAACUCUGCUAAGGAUUUGUAUGAACAGUGUUUAUGUUUGCAGAAAGAACUUACAAACCCUGAUGGAACUUGUAACCAUAACAGACGAAAAUUAAUUUGGGUUGAAAGAAGCAACAUACGACAUGUAAGACCAAACAGAGUAUGUAAAACAGUUAAAGGUACCCGAAGUCUACAUUCUGUGAGGGGUAUCGGAGCAGGACAAAUUCAAGUCAGGAAACUGGCUUGUUUUUGUGGUUUUUGCACUGCCACUGAACAUGCUGAAGGAACAAGUUCAACAUGCGAGAAUGAGGCAGUUGUUGGUGAAUGGAGGAGUGUAAACUUGAAUGGUUUCAACAUGCUAAAUAGGAAUGACAUAGAGCAAUACAUUGAAAACAGGAAUGAUGAAGAGCAAGACAUUGAAAACAGGAAUGAUGAAGAGCAAGACAUUGAAAACAGGAAUGACGAAGAGCAAGACAUUGAAAACAGGAAUGACGAAGAGCAAGACAUUGAAAACAGGAAUGAUGAAGAGCAAGACAUUGAAAACAGGAAUGAUGAAGAGCAAGACAUUGAAAACAGGAAUGAUGAAGAGCAAGACAUUGAAAACAGGAAUGACGAAGAGCAAGACAUUAAAAACAGGAAUGAUGAAGAGCAAGACAUUGAAAACAGGAAUGACGAAGAGCUAGACAUUGAAAACGAACAAAAUGAUAGAGAUGAUGAUGAUGAAAUAGUAAACGAAGAUGGACUUGAUCUCAACAUGCUAAACAGGAAUUACAUGAAUGAUGAAGAGCAAGACAAUGAAAACGAACAAGAUAAUAGAGAUGAUGACGAUGAAAUAGUAACAAAAGAUGGACCUGACGAUUUCCUUGGAAGUGACUUAUUUACUGAACUACCAGAGCUAAAGGACACCAGUAUGACGAGUCUCAACUUCAACAACAUGUCAUUCAGUGAUGCUGAUUGCGAAAAAGAAUCUUUCAAUGCACUUGAUUCAUUUAUUGAUGAAUUUAUCAACUGGUAG